CUUUCAUUGGCUUUACCUUACCAAAAAUCCCCUGAAAAGUUGUAAGCUAAAUGGCAUCCAUGACUUCCUUCAAAUCCCAAUUUCUGAUAAAUCCAUUGAAACCAUCACAACCAACAGCAGCAGCAAGAAAUUCAUGGGUGGUCCAGUGUCCUCCUCAGAAGAAGAGGUUUACAGUGAAGGCGGUAUCAGGAGAUUUAUCAUCUGAUAGCACCACUUAUUUGAUUGCUGGUGCUGCUGUAGUUGCUCUGCUUGGUACUGCCUUUCCCAUCAUCUUUUCCCGCAAGGAUACUUGCCCAGAAUGCGAUGGUGCUGGUUUUGUAAGGAAAUCAGGUGGUGGCGCGCUGAGGGCAAAUGCAGCUCGCAAGGAUUUAGCUCAAAUUGUAUGUGCUAACUGCAAUGGCCUCGGCAAGCUCAAUCAAGUCGACAAAUAAAUCACCACCGCCUACAUAGUACAUACAUUAUUAGUUCCAUCUUUGGAUUAACUUACAGUAGACCAAACUUUGGAGGUCAUAUUCCCAUAAUAAUCUUAAUUUAUUCAAUUAAGAAUUGUAUUUUUAGAUACUUUCCGGCACAAUUUGUAAGUGUUAAAUUUCAAUGGACAUUAUUGUAAGAAUAUGACUCCAAAGUUCAGAUGUUUUUAGAGUUAAAUCAAUUUUGGGAAUAAUAUAUAAAGAAUUGUCCACAAGUUCCAAUUA